CUGAGUUGUGACAGUGUGUGGACACAUCAGUGCAGCUGGCUCAGGCUGCAGGCAGGAGGAGCUAACACUCAUCGACGACAAACUUCCAACCAAACAGUCCGGCAAAUAUGGCCAACCAGGCGGACUUGAAGACCCUCAGCACCUGGCUACAGUGACCAUCAACCCCAGUCCAAGCCUGACCGUGACGAUGAAGACGAUACUCCCAUGACCUCCUUUGGCGUUGCCGUCCGAGGCCUCCCUCUGGCCUUGGCGUCCAUGACACAAGCUACCGCCUCCGACUCGCGCUUCCACCCUAAAUGGCGGGCGAUCACCGUGGCGACCCUGCUGGCUUUAGUGCUUCUGCUGUACUUGCACCGGACAGUAGGGAACAGAGACACGGCCACCAGAGGUUACCAUCGCAACAGGGGUCACAGUUUGCGAGUGCACAGUGAGGGUGAGGAUGACAUCUUCAGUGACGCGAACAGACAGACUGCACGGAGCCUCUCCCGCCACCAGAAGAGGGAGAAACCUUACAAUGACACGUACCCUUUAAGCCCGCCAGAGAAGACGAAGCACGGCAUGCGCUACCGUAUCGGUGUGAUCGCAGACCUGGACACAGCGUCACGCAGCUCCAAGGAUCAGACGUGGUUCAGCUACAUGAAGAGAGGUCACCUGAUGGUUUCAUAUAGCGCUGACAGGCUGGAGGUGGAGUGGGAAGCUGAGACGGUCACUCUGGAGAGUCAUCUGGCUGAGAAAGGACGAGGUAUGGAGCUGUCAGAGCUGGUGGUGUUCAAUGGUCACCUGUACAGCGUGGAUGACCGGACAGGUGUGGUGUACCGGAUCGAGGGCAACCAGGCUGUCCCGUGGGUUAUACUGCCUGACGGUGACGGCUCGGUCUCCAAAGGAUUCAAGGCGGAGUGGCUGACUGUGAAGGAUGAGCACCUGUAUGUUGGUGGUCUGGGGAAGGAGUGGACCACCACCUCCGGGGAAGUCGUCAACAACAACCCAGAGUGGGUUAAAGUUGUUGGCUACCACGGUGACGUGGAGCAUGAGAACUGGGUGCCAUACUACAACGCCCUGCGGAGCGCCACAGGGAUCCAACCACCAGGCUACCUUAUCCAUGAAUCAGCAGCAUGGAGCGAGCGUCUCCAGCGCUGGUUCUUCCUCCCUCGCCGUGCCAGUCACGAGCACUACGAAGAGACUGCGGACGAGCGGCGUGCCACAAACCUCCUCCUGUCCUGCCCCGCAGAUUUCAGCUACGUAACAGUACGGCACGUCGGACCGCUCAACCCAACUCACGGCUUCUCCUCCUUUAAAUUUGUUCCGGACACAGACGAUCAGAUCAUUUUGGCCCUGAAAUCGGAGGAGGAUGCGGGCAGGAUCGCCACCUACAUGAUUGCAUUUACGCUAGACGGUCGGGUGCUGAUGCCCGAGACAAAGAUAGGGGAUGUGAAGUAUGAAGGGCUGGAGUUUAUAUGAUGAGGACAGGGCUGAAUCUGCAGGGGUCGAAUAUAGUUUAGUUUAUUAAGAAGUGGUCUUCAUACAUGCAACACUGUCGUUUUGAGUCCUACAUUCCCCUCUCACUUCUACUGUGCAAUAAUGUCAUUUGACUCGAAGUUAUAUAUUUCCUAAUUAUUUAGUAUGAUAAUUUAAAGGCGGUAGAGAUGGUAAAAAGGGAAGGAGAAUGCCACACCACCACUAGGGGAGUGUCACCAACAAUAUCUAUUCUCUGUUUGUGUGUGAUUGGUUUGAGCUGCCAGUCUGUGACUCCUACACACACCAGUCACACAGAAAUUGUCACUAGUCAGUCACCACCUGAUAAGUUUCUUAAAUGUAUUUUUUAAGUCUUAACUACUUCAUAUUGGUGCUGCUGAGUUAAAAAUCAUGGUUUGGUCAGAAACUACUGAUAUUUCAGAUUAGUCUGGGUAAAACACUUUUCAAAUUUGUAGCCAUCAGUCUAUCAAACACCAGGUAAUGUGGAUCUCCUCUCCUGCAGCCAAACUCUGCUGGUCAGACACUCAGGGGAACAAGGUGAAACAGGAUACAAUAAAAUAAAACAUAGAAAUGAAUGUGCUUAAAUUACUUGAAAUAUUAAACUUACUCAUUGCUUUGUGUUUCAUCUUACCUGUUUAGACACACUGAAGAUUUAUAAUGAUGUAAUGAGUCCAGUCACUUCAUGCAUAUCAACUUCUGAUACACCUCAAAUGUUGCCUCACAUGUGUUAAUAAACUUUAAAAACAUUUCCUUCUCAAGCCAGAGAACCAGUGAAACACCAGCUAUUUUAUUUAAAGAUUAACCAUUCAUAUAUUCCUUUUGUAUCCUCUCAAAACACAAAUAAUUAAAAUAUCUACUCUUG